AUGUCCAUGUUCCGAGGCAUCAUUGGAGCUGGUGAGAACGGCAUACGUCGUAGCCAAGUAGUGCACCGAAUGUACUGGCAGCGAGAUGGAGACAGACCAACAUACAUACGAGGAAGCGGUGAUAGCGCUACAUUCUUCUUGGCUGUCGCUGGAGUCCUUGGAUUGAUUGGUAUCUCAGCCACUCAUUUGUCGUCCUUGAUCAAGGGCAAAUAA